AUGGCUCAGUGUUAUGCUGACAUUGUCCAUCCCACAGGGAUAGUUAAUCACAGCCACUACCCACAUAAUAUGGUUAAUCACAGCCACUACCCACAUAACAUGGAUAAUCACAGCCACUACCCACAUAACAUGGUUAAUCACAGCCACUACCCACAUAACAUGGAUAAUCACAGCAACUACCCACAUAACAUGGAUAAUCACAGCCACUACCCACAUAAUAUGGUUAAUCACAGCCACUACCCACAUAACAUGGAUAAUCACAGCAACUACCCACAUAACAUGGAUAAUCACAGCCACUACCCACAUAAUAUGGUUAAUCACAGCCACUACCCACAGAACAUGGAUAAUCACAGUCACUACCCACAUAACAUGGAUAAUCACAGCCACUGCCCACAUAACAUGGAUAAUCACAGCCACUGCCCACAUAACAUGGAUAAUCACAGCCACUACCCACAUAAUAUGGUUAAUCACAGCCACUACCCACAUAACAUGGAUAAUCACAGCCACUACCCACAUAACAUGGAUAAUCACAGCCACUACCCACAUAAUAUGGAUAAUCACAGUCACUACCCACAUAACAUGGAUAAUCACAGCCACUACCCACAUAAUAUGGUUAAUCACAGCCACUACCCACAUAACAUGGAUAUUCACAGCCACUACCCACAUAACAUGGAUAAUCACAGCAACUACCCACAUAACAUGGAUAAUCACAGUCACUACCCACAUAACAUGGAUAAUCACAGCCACUACCCACAUAAUAUGGAUAAUCACAGUCACUACCCACAUAAUAUGGUUAAUCACAGCAACUACCCACAUAACAUGGAUAAUCACAGCCACUACCCACAUAAUAUGGAUAAUCACAGUCACUACCCACAUAACAAGGUUAAUCAGUCACUAUCUACAUAA